GAUUAGUGACACGACACGACAAAGAUAUGUUGAUUUAAAAAUAGCGCAUGCAUAAUCUAUCAAAUUUUAGGAUUUCUGUAGCAUAUAAUGUCAUGAUUGAUUUUAAAUAACCAUGAAUGUUUUUUUUUUUUUUUCUACUUCUUUAGUUCAAUGAAGAAGUCCUGGGGAGACAUCAAGCUCAAUGUGUGUGCCGAAUAGUAAAACCAAACAACAAAUUGAUUAACUGAGGGAGGGAAAAAACAUGAUUACGAUCACAGACUCCAGCACAAAAAGCUUAUUUAUUGUCAACAUAUUUUGUCUCUCUCCACACAUCAGGUCCAUAACAUCCUGGGUAUCACCACUAGUGGGCCCAGCCGGUGCUACGCUGCUGCUGCUGCCCCCGUCAGACACACAGAGGAUGAGGCCUGCCAGUUCUGCCCCGAUUAAUCCAUCUUUUGCCCGGGGCGGUUAGCAUGGUCCGGGCCAUGGAUGCACCGAUCGCGCAUUUCGACGACGACCGGCCGAACUUGGCGGACGUGACCGCGGGUUCGGUACCGCAGCACGGCCGAGCAGGGGUCAGCCCCGCCGCGGGGGAAGCGGUGGCUCGGCUUCUCCAGGAUCAGGAUGAUCCUCCAGGGCGGGCUGACAGCGACGGUUCCCCGGAGGAAUCCGGUGUGUGCAGGUCCACGGAGGAACAGGUUAAUGGAGCGGAUGGGAAGCUAUCGGCAUGCCUCGGAAAUGUAAAACCGGAGAGGAUCGGUCCAGUGAGUGUGUUCACGAAGGAGACGCUGCUGGAGAAAGACAAGAUCUGGAACGCCCUCGCCUGUAGCUACGGCCAGGCCGUGCCGGUGGAUUGGCGGCAGUCUCGGACGCGCUCCCUCUACAUCUCCACGUUUAACCUUGAGGAGAGACCGAGAGAGACGGACGAUGCGGCGGAGCUGUCCGACGAGGACGAGCUCAGGGAGCAACUGGACAUGCACUCCAUCAUUGUGCCCUGUGUGGACCAGGAGCCCCUCGUCACGGCGGAGCAGGUCAUCGAGGAGAUCGAGGAAAUGAUGCAGGACUCACCCGAUGCGGAGGCAGAGAGGAAUCCCUCCCAGUCGGAUCUGUCCAUGCUCUCUGUGAACAUCCGGCGGAGCAGUCCCGGCUUCGAGGACAGGCUGAGGUCGCUGAGCGCUGCCGAGCUGCUGGAGCGUCUGACAGAGACGGAGGUGAACAUCAGGAGGUUCUCUGAGGAGCUGGUGCAGAAGCUGGCCGUCAGAGACGAGCUAGACUUCGAGAAGGAGGUGAAGAACAGCUUCAUCUCGGCGCUCAUCGACGUGCAGAACCGACAGAAGGAGCACAGGGAGUCGCUGAGGAAGAAGAAGAAGCUGAAGGGCAGAGCCGGAGCAGCUCAGGCUCUGCCGGAGAGAACACCUGGAUCACGCUUCAGCAUGGACGGCCUCUCCUCUGUUAUUCAAAACAGCUUCCGGCAAACAUUUGGCAGUGGCUGCAGCGACAGACAGUAUUUGACCACAGUCAUUCCCUACGAGAAAAAGGGACUACCUCCGUCGAUUGAAGACCUCCAGAUCCUGACCAAGAUUCUGCAAGCUAUGAGAGAUGACAGCGACAAGGUGCCUGGUCUCUUGACGGACUACAUCCUCAAUGGUGAGUGUUUCUGUCCUCUGUUUCCACCCUGUGACCAUUAAUGACCAGCUGUGUUUUAUCUCAGAUCUCCAGUUGUAGAGCAAAGUACAAUUUCUUAGUUCCACAGUUUAUUUUGCUUCACAUUUAGUUUUUAUUUAACUAUAUAACACAGUCUUUACUUUUCAUUAAGUUAGUAGUUACUUUUAGGAUCACACCAGGUAAAUUUCCAGAGCCUACUAAUAAAAACAUACCCAGUAAGUUCUGAUUAUUAAAUACCCUAAUUUCAUGAAUGUUUCAGACGAAGUUCCUGAAAAGUUCCUGAAAGUUACCAGCAAGUUCUAUUAUUCUUGUGGAAAGUAACAUCUAGGCUCCAGGAGAGAAACAUGUGCACCAUUUUUAGGGUUAAAUUUGAUCCACCGGUCAUAGUUAAAAUAUAGCUGCAGUGCCUUUCAAAAUGAAUGGAAACAAAAAUAUGGUUUUCAAGAUGUUUUAGCACCUCAGUCUGAAGAGUCUGUUUUUCUUUCUGAGUUGAACCAUUACCUUGGUUGAACCAUAUUUUGACUGCAAUUACAACUUUAACACUUUCAAGGCAUCUCGCUACCAGUUUUCACAUUUAGAAGCUGAUGUGAAGUCAGUCUGGUCAUAAAAGCUCAAGUUCAGCCAUGUUGGACAAAGAGCAUCUGCAAAUCGUGCCAUAAUUCUCAGAUAUAUAACUAAACCUUCCCAUCCUGUGACAUCAGUUUAGAUGUUGGUCAAUGUCUGUGGGGUUUUCAUUUGUGCUGUAGUUUUAUGGAUGAUUGACUGAACAGAGCCACAUCAAAUUCUCCACAGCUUUCUUCCUGACCUGUUUGCGGUUUCCCCUGCACUUCGUCUUGCUGUUUGUUCACUAAUGUUCUUUAAUCAACCUCUGAUAGUUUUCCAGUAUAACUGUUUGUUUUACAAGAUUAAACUACACAGUUUUCUUUGACUUGGUCUCACAUAUAAUCCUAUUAAGAUAAAGUUCAGUUAGUGGCUGAAAUGUGUAAAAAAGAUAGUUUUGCAAACACAUCAGGAAGACACUGUAUGCAUCCUUGAAAAGACUUUUCCAUGUUUCCAUGCUGCAGUUAUAUGACUCUGAUAUUGAGAAGUUAAAACACUCAGAGUUACAGUAAAUAAUCACAGUGUGUAUCUCAGAGGAGUGGGAAAUCACACAGCGUGUCUGUGUGUGUGUGUGUGUGCGUGCGUGUGUGUGUGUGUGUGAGUCCUUUAUCCCAUCUCCUUUUGUUAGUUGUUCUGUUGACACUGCUUGUUCCAACAAGCCCAACUCGUUCCCGUGGUCCGCUCCUGCUUCUGUCACUCUGUAUUUAUGCUUGGAUGUUUCUUACGAAUCUGCUUUUGCAGUCGGCUUUUCUGCUUUUUCCAUUUCCUGUAAGCUUCAUGUUUUUCGCCUGUAUUUAUUGCCUGUCUUUGUCCUACAUGUCCUCCAUUUCUCCUCUUUUUGCUUGUUAGUCUUUGAUUUUGAUGGAAAUAGUUAUGAGUCAAAAUGAAUCUGUGUGGUCCAGUCUUAGUAAGAACAACUAGAAAUGGACAGGAAAAGAUAUGGAAACGUGAAAUAAUCUGAGUUUGUGUCUUCUGUCUCUUCUCUUCGAUCUUUUCAUUGCUGUUUUUUUUGUCUUUCUCCACUUCUCACGUUCUCUUCACAAUCUUACGCUGCUUUACUCUCUAGCUCUGGUCUGAGCUUUGGACAGCGAGGUUUGUGGCAUAUUCCUGUGUGACAUUGUUGUUGUUCCAUACGUCACAAUGCAAGAGCGCCCCCUGCCAACCAAACGGUGUAGUUCAGUCAGACCUCAAAGAUGUCCCUC